AUGAUUGAAUAUUCAGAUUUGUCAUUACUUAAAGAAUUAAUGGCACAUAAAUCAAUACCAGAAAGCUUAUUGUUUAAAGGGAAUGAUUUUGGAAUUUUAAAACUUUAUGAAAAAUUUAAAAGGUCAAAUUAUUUAUUACUAGCUCCAACUGGUAUAGCUGGCACAAAUAUUGGAGAUACUUUAAUUAUUUAUGAAAUUCCUAUAACAUCUACUCUUUUUUAUUUUAUCUCUGAUAUGUUUUCUGUCAUUCAGCAACAAAUUAAUGCAUUUGGAGGAUUAAAUGUUAUAGUUGUUGGUGAUUUAGCUCAUCAAUAUAAUUUUAAUGGAUUUUUUUAUUUUGUAAAGUGGUAUAAUGCCAAAAUUGACAAAAUCAAGAUAUGCAAUAUUAUCAUGCCUUACAAGAAAUUAAAUUUGGCAAUAUUUUUUAUGAAUACAUGGACUCUUUUAUAUAAAAAGGAAAAUAAUUUUAAUUAUCAUAAACUUCUUAAUACUAUUCUUAAUAUUAAAAAUAUUGUUGGAUAUAAUCAAACUGCCAAUCAGAUACAUUAUUUCCCUAUUAGUUCAGCUAUUGAUUUUAUUGAUAAUCAACAAUACAAUCCAGAUGAUGCACAAAAACUUUUUAAAAGAAAACUAACUUUCUAG